AUGGCUCAGCAACGAGGGCAGGCGAUGGGAGACACUCUCAAGACUGCGCACUCUGUCAGUCUGAAGGUUCUGCGAUUGUCUCGACCAUCCCUUGCGGUGCAGCACCCUCUCCCGAACUCUAGAGAUCUAGGCAUAUCUCCCAAAGCCUCACUCGCCUAUCCCACGCUGGAUGACGCAAACGAUCAAUUUGUCCUGAGUCCUGUGCUAAAUCUCCCUGAAGCAUUCGGGAGCGCCUAUGUUGGCGAGACCUUCUCCUGUACACUAUGCGCGAACAACGAGCUCGAUCCAGCCGACAACACAAAAGCGAUUAGUGGCGUGCGGAUACAGGGUGAUAUGCAGACGCCCUCGAACCCUACAGGCUCACCAUUGGAUCUGUCUGGCUUGCAAGGAGAGGUGGAAAACGCGUCUCCAGGACCAGCCGAAUCACUACAACGUAUCCUAAGAUUUGAACUUAAGGAAGAGGGCAAUCAUGUCCUGGCAGUCACUGUCACAUAUACGGAGACGGCCUUAGGAGAAGGGAGGGCAGCGUCAGGAAGAGUUCGGACGUUCCGCAAACUGUAUCAGUUCGUGGCCCAACAGUUGCUGAGCGUUCGCACAAAAGCCGGAGAGAUGGGCCCAAAGAACGGAUGUUCACGAUACCUUCUAGAAGCACAAUUGGAGAACAUGGGAGAAGCUGCUGUGUGUCUAGAGGCAGUCAAUGUAAACCCGAAACCACCUCUCAGAUCGACACAACUUAAUUGGGAUAUGCAACCUUCAGGUCCCAGUGCGCCGAUACUGAGCCCACGGGACGUGGUGCAGGUAGCUUUUCUUCUUGAUCACCAGCCUAGCGAUAACGACGAAGACAUGACAGACUCCAUUACGGAAGACAACAAGAGAGUGUUAGGCCAGCUUGCUAUUCAAUGGCGAAGUGCAUUGGGCGACAGAGGCUCUCUCAGUACUGGAUGGCUUACGGCUCGACGCUGA